ACACGGCAGCUCCAAGAUGUAUCGUCCAUAAUAUGCGUGGACUGGAGUAUGCAGAUUCUGACAUACACAUCCACUCUGUUUGAUGAAGUUAAUGCAGGCGGGAUUUCAUAGCUCGAUCGUAUAUCGAAAACUGGCGAUUGCUAAUUGCUGUUAUUUUGUUGGUAGCUGAAACAUAGUCACUAGAGACGAAGGAACGGAGCCAGGUUUAUGACAAGGUCAUCAGCGCAUCUCGUCCCGGAUAAUCUCAACGGUUGAUUCGCAAUCAUCGAAUAGAGUCGUUGUAAUGCUACGUCUGUCGUAGUUCCAAUUCUGAUAAUAGACGCAUUUGCAUAUCGCUUGUUAAUACGUGUGGGCUUCAAGUUAUUAAAAUAAUUAUGGAUGUUAGUUGCUGAGACUAAUUAAUAUGCAGUGUAACCUCCAUGGACACUGCCGAUAAGCUGUAUUUGCCUCUCAGUGUAACCUAAUGUUGUCCUUUGGGACAGAGACUAGCUAACUCGUUUGACCAAUCAGAAAAUGUCAAAUAGACUAAAACCAGUGGCGUCGUGGCAUUAUUGAACAUAAAACAGUCCCGUUUACGGAACUGUGUGAUCGUAACCAGAAUGCACUGCGAACAGUAGUUUUGUUACAAAAUGAAGAAAAGGUGAAAUCAUUUUGGAUAUCAUUCCGCUUCACAUGUUCUUAGUUUAAUCUCAGCUGUUUUUCUCGUGACCUGGCGCCACCUUAACGGUACUGACGUUCGUAGAAUAUGAUGACCACUUUUGUACUUCUCCUGCUUGGUGUGUUACUGAUGGUCCAUCAGAACGAGGCAGUUUUCCAUUAUUAUAUUCAAGGAAGCGUCAUGGGAAGAAACCAGUCGUCUGACACGGAGCUUUACCAAGAAAUCGCCGACAUCUUACUCCGGGAAAACACUCGACCUAACGGCACCAUUGCGCAAAAUUACUGCGCCAUUCGUUUUAAUACUUUGAACUUUGACACUAGUAGUGGUUCGGCUAUCCACAACAGCCUUGUUACAGCUAGGGCCAAUUUUGAGGAUAAAGGAGUAGCCGUCGCCAUUGGUCCCUAUAUCGACGUCUUUACAUCUACCAACUAUGUCAUCAUCAACCAGCUACAUAUGCUGACGUCACCGACAGGGGAAGACGCGGAAAAGAUGGAUCCUGAUUGGGUGCUGUCGAUUCUACCGGAACAAGCCUCGAUUUCAGCUGCCGUAGCAGACAUCGUGAAUAAGCUGGGAUGGCGCAAUGUUGCGCUGUUAUCUCAGGACGACUUCUCGCCAGUGUUGAAGCUGGGCCACUACAACAUCCAGGUGUGGCCGAUCCGCCUGCCAACAACGAUCGUGUCUGACAAGGACCAGGAGCUGCAGAGGAACCUGAUCGAGCUGAGGAAGUCCCAGAAACGAAAGUUCAUCCUGCACUCUACCAAGAUGGAUAUCAUCCAGCACGUCAUGCUCGCGGCAAAACGUCUUCAUCUUCUGCAUCCUUCUAUUGACUGGUUCAUAACAUACCCGGAUUUUGAGGAUGUUAUUGGUGAAAGGGAAGAUUCAUGGCCGGGCUCAAUAUAUGGUAUACAGCUGUUGCGCGCUGACAAAAUACCAACCAAUAUAUCACACAAUGCCGUGAUAGCUGAACGCAACAUCUCUCGACUGGAACUCGGACUGGCCGUCGACGUGGUGGGUCUGUUACGUCACGUGAUCUACACCGUGGCCCAGAACUGCAGCAAGGAGCCGUCAGUGGACUACAUCGUCUCGGCGGAGCAGUUCGAUAACAUCAUCAAGGAUCAGCAAUCGUUGACGACUCUGUACGACGGCGCGCUGGGUCAGUACAUGUGGCAUCUGGAGAACGGCAGUUCGCGCACCAACUACACCAUCGACAUCAUGAGGAUGAACGCAGGACUCGAAACGAUUGGCACCUGUAAGUUUGUGAAAGGAAUACCAACUUUGAAGUUCACUAAAGACAUCGUGCAGGAGUCGUCAACGACAUACACCUUCAGUAGAGAGGAGGUGCUGAAAGUCGUCACUCGGCAGUAUGACCCGUUCGUGAUGAAGAUUGCUGGAGAGUACGUUGGUUUCAACAUAGAUCUGCUGAACGAACUCAGCAAGAAACUCAACUUCAAGUACGAGAUCUUUGACGUCAGUGGAUGGCGCCUCGACCAGCACCGUACAUACACAGAUGGCAUGGUGCAGGAGCUGAUCAAUGGGAAUGCAUCAAUUGCUGUCGGUGCUUUGGAGAUCACGGCAGAGCGGGAGGAACUUAUCUCCUUUUCCUUCACGAUCCUGUCUACGCGUGCCAGCAUCCUGACGAAGAAGGCAAAGAGCACGACCAACUUCUUCCAGUUCCUCGGACCCUUCUCCACGGGGCUGUGGCUGCUGAUCCUCGGCUUCGUGGCGGUGGCGGGCGGCACGCUGUACGCCAUGAACCGCUUCGACCAGACGCAGCGUGGCGUCGAGCAGAAGUUUGACCUGAAGGAGAGCAUCUGGUACUCGCUGAACGUCCUGCUGCAGGGCACGACCGAGUACUCUCCGCAGACGACAUCCAUGCGCACGCUGAUCGCCUUCUUCUGGUUCUGCGUGCUCGUCAUUGACGCCGCCUACACCGCCAACUUGGCGGCCUACCUGACGCUGCAGCAGAUCGACGACCGCAUCAAGACCAUCUACGACCUCGCCGAUCAGACGGAUCUCAAGUACGGCGUCCAGAAAGGCAGCGAUUUGGAAGAGUUCAUCAGGACGCAGUCGGUGGACCCGUUCGAGAGGAUGUGGGCAUUCAUGAAGCUCAGGGAGGAGGAGACGCUCGUGUCCAACAUGACUCUGGCGCUGGAGAACAUCAAGAAUGGGAAGUUCGCCUUCAUCGGGGACCACAGCACCAACGAGUACUACGCGAAGCAGCAGUGUGGGAUCGAGUCCAUAGAGCAGAAUUUUGGCCAGAAGAACUUUGGUUUAGGGUUCCCUCGAGGAGCGCCCUAUAGGGAUGACAUAAACAGGGCGUUACUGGAACUUAAGGAGCAGGGGUUUAUCGAUCAUUUGAAGGAAAAGUGGUGGGCGGAAGGCCAGAACUGCACGGACGACACGAAGACUCGGCGGGUGAGCGACAAGACGACGGCGGAGCUCGAGCUCACCAACAUGAUCGGCGUCUUCAUCGUCCUCGCCGCCUUCGUCGUGCUCGCCGUCAUCGUCGAGAUCACCGAGAGAAUCGUCUUCUGUUUCGACGCCAGACGCAAGAAGAAACGGGCACAGAAAGAAGAACCUGAAAAAACACAAAUAGAUUCUUUUGAAGGCUUUCGACCACCAAAUGAAACAAAUGAAAAUGGUCCUAAAUAGUCGAAAUGGACAACAGGAUACUGUUACUUUUAUCUAUUUCUAACAAUUGAGAAAUAUUUGGCAAAACACCAAUUAUCAGUAAAGUGUUUUUACUUCAUUAGCUUCAAUAAUAAAACAUAAAUCAGUGAAUUAUCGUUAUAAAUUGUUCAGUCUUUUCUUAAUGGCAUGUACACAAUAAUUUUAUUUAAUAAAUGUUAUAUUGUU